CCUUUUUCUUGUUAGUUAUAUUUGAGAGUGGAAUUUGCGAGAGAAAGUAAAAAAAAGAAAAAAUGGGCGGGACUCAUCUUCUUCUUGCUCUUGUUCUGCACCUAUCUAUUUUCUUUUCAAUCUAUGCUAGCAAUGUUCACAUUGUAUACAUGGGAGAGCGACACCACUCUGAGCCACAGAUCACUCAGGACUCACAUCAUGGGAUUCUCUCUGAUGUGCUUGGAAGCAAAGAAGCAGCUACAGCAUCAAUGCUGUAUAGCUACAGGCAUGGGUUUUCAGGGUUUGCCGCUGUGCUGACAGAGGCGCAGGCAAAGCUUAUUGCAGAUUUCCCUGGAGUCGUUCGAGUCAUUCCAAAUCAUAUUCUUCGCCUGCAUACUACUAGAAGUUGGGAUUUUCUACGGUUAGAGCCAGAGACUGCUUGUGGACUCCUUUGGAAGAGCCAAUCGGGCAGUGGGUCUAUCAUCGGUAUCAUGGACACUGGUGUAUGGCCUGAAUCCAAAAGCUUUAAAGAGGAUGGUAUGGAUGAUAUUCCAUCUCACUGGAAGGGGAUAUGUCAGGAAGGAGAAGGCUUCAAUCGUUCAAACUGUAAUAGGAAACUUAUCGGUGCACGUUGGUACAUCAAAGGAUACGAAGCUGAAUAUGGAAGCCUGGACACAAGUAGUGUGUUUGAGUUCUUAUCACCACGGGAUGCAGUUGGCCACGGCACUCACACGUCAUCUAUCGCUGCUGGUGCUUUCGUGAGGAAUGCAAGCUUUUUGGGACUUGCACGUGGUUUGGCCAGAGGAGGCGCUCAUGAUGCUCGUAUAUCAGUGUACAAAGUCUGCUGGGCUACAGGUGGAUGCAGCUCAGCUGACCUCCUUGCCGCUUUUGAUGAUGCCAUUUCUGAUGGGGUGGAUGUGAUUUCGGUCUCUCUCGGCUCAUCACCUCCACUUGCUCCUUAUAUUGAGGAUGUUGUGGCCAUUGGUUCCUUCCAUGCAGUUGAUAAAGGAAUCGUGGUCGUCUGUUCUGCAGGGAAUUCAGGUCCGUACCCCCAGACAAUUCAAAACACUGCUCCUUGGCUCACGACUGUAGCUGCAAGUACAAUCGAUCGAGCUUUUCCCAUUGCAAUCACCCUCGGAAACAACUGGACUUUUGUGGGCCAGUCUUUGUACAGUGGGGAGCAGGAGGACAGGUUCUACCCACUGGUGUAUGCAGAAGACAUUGCUUUGGUCGACGUAGACUACAAUAAAGCAAGAAGUUGUGAUACUGAAUCGCUUAAUGCUACUUUAGCGAGAGGAAAGGUAGUCCUCUGUUUUCAAUCUCAGCUACAAAAUCCAGUUGCCAGUGCUCUGGAAACUGUGAGAGAAGUUGAAGGCAUCGCGUUAAUCUUCGCUCAGUUUCCAACAAAUGAUGUUAUUACUUCCAUGGCUAUCCCAUGUGUGCAAGUUGACUUCGAAAUAGGAACAGUCUUGCUGAAUUACAUAGAGAAAGUGAGAAAUCCAGUUGUUAAGUUUGGACUUACAAAGACGACCAUUGGGACAUUGAUUUCCCCAGAAGUUGCAUUCUUCUCUUCUCGAGGGCCCAGUUCCUUAUCCCCCUCUAUAUUGAAGCCUGACAUUGCUGCUCCCGGCAUGAACAUCUUAGCGUCAUGGUCCCCUGCUUCAUCUUCAACAGAUAUGGGUCUCCGCGCCCCUCCACUUAAUUUCAAAAUUGAAUCUGGAACCUCCAUGGCCUGCCCGCAUAUAUCUGGAAUCGUGGCUUUACUCAAAUCUAUCCAUCCUCACUGGAGCCCUGCAGCUAUAAAAUCUGCACUAAUCACCACAGCCUCCAUCAAAGAUGAAUAUGGUCAGAAUAUGGCGGCGGAGGGAUCUCCACACAAGAUUGCUGACCCGUUCGACUAUGGAGGUGGUCAUGUAGAUCCUAACAAAGCAGCAGAUCCUGGUCUCAUAUAUGACACGAGAAUUAAAGACCAUAUCUCCUUCCUUUGCUCCAUGGGAUACAACAACUCUGCUAUUAGUUCAAUGACACGGCAUCGAAUCAUUUGCAAUAAAACAUCUUGGUCACAGGUGGAUCUCAAUCUCCCUUCUAUUUCCAUCCCACAUCUGAGGAAGCCAUUGACAGUUUCAAGAACAGUUACGAAUGUUGGUCCAGUUACAUCUGUAUACAUAGCUCAUGUUGAAGCUCCACCAGGAGUAAUGGUUAGUGUCAAACCUUGGAUAUUAUUAUUCAAUUCUACAGUGAAGAAGCAGAAAUUCAAGGUAAGUUUCUUCUCUCAACUGCGAGUGCAAGGGAGAUACUCGUUUGGAAGUUUGUCUUGGACAGAUGGGGUGCAUGUGGUGAGGAUUCCCUUAGUAGUUCGAACUGUCAUCGAUGAAUUUUAUAUGGAUAGUUAAGGCAUAUGCAAGGGAAAGUUCAAAUCUGUCUCCGCUUCAAAUCUCAUGUUACAUUCUUUCUCAUUCUGGGUGUAUAUUAUAAGCAUGUGUAUGAAAAUGAUAUCCAAAGUUGGCAUGUUUGCCGACCCUAAAUAACAUGAUUCCCCAUACGGUGAUAGGUCAAUUGCAGGUGUUUGGAUGGAGAAAAACUAGAAUGUGGAUACAGAAAAGUUACCUGGAAUCCUCAGGAAAUGGAAAACCAUGGACUCUGAUUUACUUGGAUUCCACAUAUGGUCAUCUGGGAUGGUCACAUCAUGUGUCUUCUCUGCCUCAGAAAUUGAUUUAACAUCUUCUUCUUC